GCCCAACGCAUCGUGAUGGCAAUGUGACAUGCAGCAGCGACUGAAAAUGGGCGCCUCGUUCUCAUGUCCUGGGCUCGGGAUCGCGCCCCGGCAGCCGUGGGCCGACCUCGAUGUGCCGCUGCCACCGCCCACCGACGACGACGACGUUGACGGCGCCUACUUGCUGCUGAUCACGCAUCGGGGUGCGACAGGCCUCGUGCGCGAAGAGCUCGCGCGCCUCGAGUCUCGUCUCUCCAAGUGGCAGCAGACCCAACUGUUCAAACUGGGUCAUGUCGAGACGGCGCCGACAACGACCGAGUGCAUCGAACAGCUCCGCGUCCUCCACUACCGACGCGAACGCGCGAUCGAGCAACUGCGGCUGCUUCGUCUUGUGGUUUUGCGCGCUCGCCGACGGUGGGUGCGACUCUUCACUCAAGAAGAGGGGCUCCAAGCGCUCCUCGCCCUAUUAGCGCCCAUGCACGACACUGUGCAGCUUGUGGCUGUGCUGGACCUCGUGCUUUUGCUCCUGAGUUUUGUAUCGGUACUUGAGCACCUUGCGUCCAAGGUCCAUGGCGAGCGACUUCAGGAGCUUCUGGCGUGCGUCGGUGGACCCUCUGAAAGCGUCAGCAUCAAAGUACUCCAGAUAUGCCGCAUUGUGUGCGUCUAUCAUCAAGCCGGCCACGUGGCCUUCUUUCGCGCCAUGGAGCACUGUCAUGCUGCCCGCGUGGUGGCCGACCUCUUGGAGCUUUUGGAUCACGGCGCUGACGUCGCCCAGGAAGCCGCUCUGCGCCUCCUUCACGCGCUUCUGGAAGGCGACGAGAGUCCACAGCUCGCGACGUUCGCCAAGCGGCUGAUUGCCCAAGACGUACCUGCCUGGCUCGCGAUGAAGGGCGAUGGCACCGAACAUACUCGCGAGCUCGACACUGUCCUCGCCUUUGAAGCAGCGCGCUGCCUCCAGCUGCUACGGCGGUACAUGCCACCGCCCGACCUCCUCCUCGACGCGAUCCAGCAGUUCCAGCUCCACGCCAAAGACCACAAGCUCGAGACCCAUGCGCUCAAGGUCGUCACGGCGCUUCUGUCCGUCACGGAGCCGUCGGCAUGGGACGCGCUCGUGGAGCAGGUCCACCCGGCGCCCGUCGCCCCGUUAUCUCCACGCGUGUCGGACGUGCCGGCGCAGCACCACCCGCGCUACGCAAAGUACUUUCGUAUGCUCGAGGUGCGCGUACCGCGGGACCUCGUUCGGCAGCGAAUGAUCGCUGACGGCGUCGACGCGGCGCUGCUCGAGGCGCCGACGACCAUCGUAUCAUCUGACAUAGCGGGUCUCGUGAGUCCACCGACGUCGCCGGCGCCGGUCAAACCGCCAAAAGGCUUGCAUUGGCAAAAGUGGCCGUCGUCGGAUGCGAUCCGGGGCACAAUCUGGGAGGCGGCGCCGACCGGCAACAUCGACGCCGACGAAGUACACGUCGCGUUUGAGCUGCGGGCGCCAACGUCGCCGGGGCACAGGGUGCUGCUGCACCCGAGCCGCGCCAAGCACAUUCGAAAGCUUUUGGACGCACACCACUUGACCUUGCUGCGACCGAGUGUCGCUGACGCAUUGCUCGCAGGCAAGGUGGACGGCUUUACUUUCGAUCAAAUCUCGCACGUUCGACAUGUCCUCGCCUUGCCAACACCGGCAGAGAAGGCGGCACUGCAGUCGUUUGACGGCCACGUGGCGCUUCUGACGCACCCCGAAGGCUUUCUCCGCGACCUGCUCGUCAUUCCCGAUGUCGAGCGGCUCCUCGAUCUGCUCGCCACAGUCCUCAGAUUUGACUCGACCGUCCAGUCGUUUGAGCGCGACUGCACAAUCGUUUCGACAGCCUGCAAAGAACUCGCCGAGUCGAACGCGCUCCACGCUGUCCUCAGGUAUGUCCUCGACCUUGGGAACCACAUCAACGCCGGCACGAACCGCGGCAACGCCGUUGCGUUCAACUUGCUCACGGACCUCGAGAAGCUCAGCCACGUCCGUCAAGCGACUCAGAGCACGGGCACCGCGCUGCACUUCCUGGCCAGUGUGCUUCGGGCCCAAGAUGCGACGCUCUUGGCGUUUGGCGCGACCUUGCCAUCGCUUGAGCUCGUCACGAGCAGCCACAUGUCGGCGAGCGAGCUGCACGCGCAGCUGCAGAGUCUCCACGCGCACGUGCUGCACGUUGCAACGGCCCUUGACGCGCGGCCGCCAACGUGCUGUGUUCAAACGUUCACACUCUUUUUAGAGUACGCGGCGACGCCGCUCAGCCGCUGCGAUGCGACGUGGGGGCAAACUAUGGAUGGGCUCGAGACGACGAUGCGGCUGUUCCUCAAUUUGCCCACGGAUACGCUGCGCAUGCACGCAGGUAGCUUCUUCCGGGGCAUCCACCGCUUCACCGAGGCGUUGGCGGCGGCAGACCGCGAAAACUGCCAGCCGCUCGUCUUGCGUAAAUCGCUCGCACUGCCGAUAGCACGACCCCACUCGCCGCUGCACCGUAGUCACUCGAUGGCGUCGUAACACCGACUAUUCUUUGAAGCCUUCUCCUUGAUAUCUGCGGCUGCACUGCCCGAUUCGGUGACGAGCACGGAGAUCCGUGUUCUCGCUAAAGGAAACACUGCGCUUGUCUCGAAUACGACCAAGUAAAUCGUUAGCGUGGAGGUGUAUCAUGGUGUGCUAGUGCGGCGUUAUUGGUCAGUGGCUGUGAA